CGUGUGUGUGUGUGUGUGUGUGUGUGUGUGUGUGUGUGUGUCCAUGGCUGUAUGAGUUCACUUGGAGGCCAUGAAUACGUCCGUGGUGCUAGAAGAGAUGCUGAUCAAGCGCUCGCAGCAGAAGAAGAGAACCUCGCCACUCAACUAUAAGGAGCGCCUCUUCGUACUCACCAAGACCAGGCUGACCUACUACGAGGGGAGGGCUGAGAAGCGAUUUAAGAAGGGCUCCGUUGACCUCCACAGGGUGCGAUGUGUGGAGAUCGUCAGGAAUGUGGGGGUGGCCAUCCCCUGCCAAAACAAGUACCCAUUUCAGAUUGUUUACGAUACCAACUUCCUCUACGUAUUCGCCCCGACCAACGAGAGCCGCAGUGCAUGGGUGCAGAACAUCAAGGAAGAGAUCAAAUCAAAUCAAAUCAUCAUGACCAAGUUCCACCCUCACUUCUGGCUGGAGGGCUCCUGGCUCUGCUGUAGGCAGGUGGAGAAGCUGGCACCGGGCUGUGAAGAAUACAAGCUGCUUGGAGACAUUUCAAGGAAACCACUGCCUCCCAUUCCCGAUGAACAGGGCCGCCGCCCCCCUCCACCACCGCCCCCGCCUGACGAGGACGAGGAAGUGAUGGAAGAGUCGGAGGAGGCCAGAGAGGAAGUGGUCAUCGCCAUGUACAGCUUCCAGGGAAUGGAGAGCCAUGACCUGCCGCUCACGCGCGGCGAGGAGUACACCAUCUUGGAGAAGUGUGACGUCAACUGGUACAGGGCGCGCAACAAAUAUGGAGAUGAGGGGUACAUCCCCAGCAACUACGUCACAGAGAAGACAUCAGACAACCUGGACCAGUUUGUUUGGUUCUGCAAAAAUAUAAAUCGUGCCAAAGCUGAGGAGCUACUCAAGAAAGAGGAUAAAGAGGGGGGGUUCAUGGUCCGAGACUCCAGUAGCCCCGGGAAAUACACUGUCUCUCUCUACACAAAAUCAUCAGGCGAUGGGGUGCCUGUUGUGAGGCAUUACUACAUCAAAGAGUCGAGAGGGACCCCCAACCAGUUCUACCUGGCCGAGAGGCACCUCUUUAACACCAUACUGGAGCUGAUCGACUACCACAAACACAAUGCAGCAGGACUGGUGGCCAGGCUGCGUUACCCAGUCGGCAAACACGGAGUGGCUCCUACCACCGCAGGAUUUAGCUACGACAAGUGGGAGAUUAACCCGGCAGAGCUGACCUUCAUGAAGGAGCUGGGCAGUGGGCAGUACGGCGUGGUGCGGCUGGGCAAGUGGAGAGCUCAGCACAAAGUGGCCAUCAAGGCCAUCAGGGAGGGAGCCAUGUCUGAAGACGACUUCAUAGAGGAGGCCAAGGUCAUGAUGAGGCUGUCCCACCCUAAGCUGGUGCAGCUGUAUGGUGUGUGUACGCAGCAGAGGCCCAUCUACAUUGUCACAGAGUUUAUGGAGCUGGGCUGCCUACUCAACUUUCUCAGGCAGCGUAGGGGCAGCUUCGGCUUUGAGGACCUCCUGAGCAUCAGUCUGGACGUGGCCCAGGGCAUGGCUCACCUCGAGGCCAACGGCUUCAUUCACAGAGACCUGGCUGCAAGGAACUGUUUAGUAAAUGACUCAUUCGUCGUCAAGGUGUCGGACUUUGGGAUGGCCAGGUAUGUCCUGGAUGACCAGUACACCAGCUCCAUGGGUUCUAAGUUCCCAGUCAAGUGGUCUCCCCCCGAGGUCUUUAACUUCUGCAAGUACAGCAGCAAGUCCGAUGUCUGGUCCUAUGGGGUGUUGAUGUGGGAGGUCUUCACCGAGGGCAAGAUGCCCUUCGAUCAGAAUCAGAACCACGAGGUGGUUCUCAUGGUAACCAAGGGGCACCGCCUCUAUCGACCCAAGAAGGCCACGCCCCCCAUUUAUGACAUCAUGGAACGCUGCUGGCAAGAGCAACCUGAGGAGCGGCCCUCAUUCGCAGACAUCAGCUUCAUGAUUACUGAGGCGCUGGAGGCCGAACCCCCUUCCUCCUGAGUGGCCAAUGGGAUCCUUCAGAAAUCCACAAGGACCUAAACUCUCUUAUUGGACACUGAUCGGACAGUAGAAAAGCUUUUUGUGCACAGAAUGGACCAAUGAGAGCCAUGGGAAAUCCUGAGCCGGCUGAGGGCAGCCAAUGACUGAGUGCUCAUAACUAAGUUUACAUCUCGACACGGCCAAGUGUGCACUUACACACACACACACACACACACACACACACACACACACACACACACACACACAGGACCGCUGGCAGCUUCGACUGGGUCCGGGACAAAAUCAUCUGAAAGGUCCUCUGUCUCAAUCAAUGCAAUGUAAUGGUGCCUCUAUAUCCCCUGGGCCCGGGAUAACUAACCUGUUUGCUCACAUCCCAUCUCACCCCCUGUUGGUGGGCCUGCACACACACACACACACACACACACACACUUGCAUAUAUACAUUGUUUAUCAGCUGUACAUAAAGGAGCUCACGGCUGUUCUGGGGGAUUUUCUGAUGAACUGUCCACAACACAAUUAACAUUGAGAUUUGAACCUGUAUGUUGGUAUCUGUGUGUGUGUGUGUGUGUGUGUGUGUGUGUGUGUGUGUGUGUGUGUGUGUGUGUGUGUGUGUGUGUGUGUGUGUGUGUGUGUGUGUGUGUACAGUGUGUGUGUGUGUGUGUGUGUGUGUGUGUGUGUGUGUGUGUGUGUGUGUGUGUGUGUGCGUGUGCGUGUGUGUGUGUGUGUGUGUGUGUGUG